GAGAGCCGCAGGAGGAGCGCUGUCAAGUGGCCCGCCUCUCCUCCCGUCCCGCAGGGAUGGGAGUGGCCCCAGUACACAAGCUGGGCCCGGUGCGGCGCACGUUCCCGGAGCGCCCCUGCGCGGAUCCUAGGCGCCUCCUCCGCGCGCCAGUGUCGCCUUGGAGCCUGGAAGAGCUAGGCUCCGACUGUCUCCGAGAGCCAGACGCGUACGCGACACAGGGACCAAACCACCUUGGGGACAAGCAGAUAAUUAGACUCCCGCCCAGCGGCUGCUGGAACAUGUGCCCGGGGACACAGUUUGACAGUUGCUAGACUAUGUUUCCACUUCUGAUCGUACUCAGCCAGCUGCCCAGACUUACCCUCGCACUUCCUCCUUGUACAAGAAGCCUAAAGGAUUCAGAACAUGCCCCAGAAGAAGUCUUUGCAUCAAAAGAAGCAGCGAGCAUCUUCAUGCACCGCCGUCUCCUGUACAAUAGGUUUGAUUUAGAACUCUUCACUCCUGGGGACCUGGAGAGAGAGUGCUAUGAGGAGUUUUGUAGUUAUGAAGAAGCCAGAGAGAUUUUGGGGGAUGACGAAAAUACGAUCACAUUUUGGCAGGAUUAUUCAGUUAAAGGGCCAACCACAGGAUCAGAUGUUAACAAAGAGAAAUUCGAUGUUAUGAGCCUUCUGACUGGGUUGAUUGUUGCUGGCGUGUUCCUGGUUGUUUUCGGCUUACUUGGCUACUAUCUAUGUAUCACCAAGUGUAACAGGCGGCCAUAUCCGAGUUCUUCAGCCAUCUACACAAGAACAGCCAGACACACGCCCUCCAUCAUUUUCAGAAGCCCUGAGGAAACUGUCUUGUCUUUGUCGCCAUCUUCAGAGGAUGCAGGGCUACCUUCCUAUGAACAGGCAGUGGCACUGACCAGAAAGCACAGCAUCUCGCCACCACCUCCCUAUCCUGGGCCUGCAAAAGGAUUUAGGGUAUUUAAAAAGUCUAUGUCACUCCCAUCUCACUAAUCCUACCUGGCCGCCUCGCUGGAAGACAUUCGUUCAUAUGGUUGAAUAAUUUAUUCUCCCUGAAGUAAAAAAGGUCUGCUUGUUCAGCUUUUUAUGACGCACGGAAAGGAAUUAAGGAAUGAUACACAGAGCAGAAUUCACCACAGCUCUGCUUUCGUCUCGGACCUGAACUGGAUUGCUAGCAUCUUGGUAAGAAACUUCAUCUCCAUUACCUUGAAGUUAAGAAGAAAGUGCCUUUUGCAGCAUAUACUACUGUACUGGUUCAAAACCCCUUGCUGUAUUUGGAUAAUGUGGUGUGAGCCUACAAACACUCAGGAGGCUUAGAGAGGUGAGAGUUCACCCUGUCUCAAAACAUAGCUUGUUAUGGUAGACUAAUUAGAAUUAGCCAAAAGGAACUGUCAAUCUUAGAUCAUGAGAUUGGGGCUUCUCUUCCCUAGGAUUUCUUUUUUGACUGAAAAUACUUCAUGCAAUUUGAUGCUUGCUGUAAAUCUGUUCUGAUUAGUGCAGAGCAUUCAUCAAAUUUGCAGGUCUUAUUUUUUCACUCACUGUCAAUCACAGUUCCAUGGAGUCAAGAGGUUUCAUUUGUUUUUGUUUUUUUAAAAAAAUAGUAUUCAUGGGCUAAGAAGAUGCCUCUCUUGGAAAGUGCUUGUCAUGCAAAUAUGAGGACCUGCGUUCAAUCCUCAAUACCUGUGUUUGAAGCAAACAAACAACAACAACAAACAAAAGGAGCAAACAAGCAAGCAAACAAACAAAUUGGAAUCCUUGGGUGCACACCUGAAAUCUCGGCACUGUAGGAGGGGACUCAGGAGAACCCCUGGGGUUGGUGGUAGCCACAGGAGCUGAAUCAAGAACCUCCAAGUUCAGUGAAAGACUCUGUCUCAAAAAUUAGGUAGAGCUAGUAAGGUGGGUGAAUGCCUUUAAUCCCAGCUCAAGAGGCAAAGAUCUCUGGGAGUGAGUUCAAGGCCAGUCUUCUACAUCGUGAGUUCCAGGACAGCUACAAAG